GACGGCAUCCCAGUUGAUAUUUUUGUUGUAAAAGUUCAAUUUGUUAAACGCCUCUCUUGGUUUUGUGAGGUUUAUCAUCGUACUUAUGUUUGUGUUUCCAUUUUACAGUCAAUAGUGAUUUAAUUUUUAUUCUUAGAGUGACAUUUCACAUGCUGCUUACAAUAAGAAUAUGUACAUAAAAAAGAAUUGAUCUAAAAUAUAUUGUUAUGGAUAAUAUUGUUAACAUAUGUUGGAGAGUUUGCCAAAUUUAUGUUGUUGCUGUUUUUGUAUCACAUUUGAUUUGUCCAGUUGGUGCAGUCAGUAACAAAACGAAGCCAAUUACAAUGACUACAUCAUCAACAACAACAACAACAACAACAACAACAACAACGAAAAAAACAGAGGCACUAAAUUCAACAGCUGUAACAACAACACACAGAGCUAUACCUGAAAAUGUUGCACUUAGAGCUUUCUAUGUGAUUGCCGCUAUAUCGGCUUUGGUUUUAGUAUAUUUUAUUCUUCGUUGGAUUUGUUCUCGGAGACGGAAAAAUAGAACGAGAAGAUAUGGUAUGCUUAAAGAUUCGUCCCGUGGUGAUAUGGAAUUACAUCCGUUAUCUGAAGGAGAUGAUGACGAUGAUGACGAUAUGACAUUGUUUGAUGUCAGCCAACAAAGAAAUCAAAGAAAACGAUAGUAUAUGUUCUUAAUGUGAUCGAAAGCUCGUAAAACAGGCCGGUCUUGCUUUUAUAAAUUACACUUUAUGUCGAGUUUAUUUCUCGUGUGAAUUAUGACUUGAGUCGUACUAAUUUCGCGCGUAAUUAUUUUCGCUCGUUCGCGCAAAGAAGUUUUUUAAUACUCGAAAUUUAACACGGAAAAAAUUAUCACAAAAUGAAGUACAGUGAAGUCUGUCUAAAGCAAGCACUAUUGCUGAGAAAGUUUGGUACAGAUUUCUGCGAGAAAUUUUUUUGUGUGACUUGAAAUCAAACAAUCCGUCCCGAGUAUUAGUGUCCAUCAUAGAGGUCUCCGUCGUAGAGGUCUUCAUGAUCUUUUUAAGUAGCUAUAAACAUCUCUAGGUUUCGUAAAAAAACGCAUCUAUAUUUUGUUUACUAGUUUUCCUUGUUUUUGUGUGGAGAUUUAAACUUUUAAUUUUUAAAUAAUAAGCGCGAAAAACUCAGAUUUGUUGUCAUUUUUUGCAGGAUUUGUAUUUAUGUGUAUAUAUAUUGUUUUAGUCAGGAAAGAUAUUUGCAAAAUA